AUGGCGAUUUCACAAACACAUUUCAGAUCAAUCAGUCUUCCUUCAAGAUUAGAUCACUCGAAGAGUCUGGACUCGGAGUUUGAGAAAUUGAAAUGCGGAUCUGGAGUCGAUGGUGUUGAUUGGAAAUUGGUGGAGGAAUCUCUGUCGCGAUUGGUGGAUCUGCUCGACGCGUGCGGCGCCGUCAGAGAGGUGCUUCAGAUGAUGAGAGAGAACGUCCGCGCGCUUCAAUCGGCGAUGCGGCGGAAGGGAACUGAUUCCGAUUCCGCGGUGCAAAACGACGUAGCGGCGUACCUCUCCUUCAGGAAGAGGAUGCAGAAAACCGUCGCGAAAACCCUAAAAAACCUCAGGAAAUCGGAGAUUAAUCACGAGCGCGAAUUUGAAAAGCGUGCUGGGUUCGUGUCGUACGCGGCGGAGAGGUCGUUGGUUUCGAGGCUGGUGGCGGGAAAAUCGAGAGGCGGUGUGAAUGAGAUUGAGGAUUUGGAUUUGGGGCUUCGAGGGAAAAUGAGGAGUGAUGUGGUGAAGAAAUUGCAAAUUGUGGAUGACAUUAUUGGAGAAUUGGAAGGGAGAUUGGAGAGAUUGUUCAGGCAAUUGAUUCAAACUAGGGUUACAUUGUUUGAACAUUCUUACCCAUCAAUUAUGAUCAUUCACACUGAAUAUUAG